AUGUCUGGAAAAAAUCCACGCAAAGUUAACACCCCUUCUAAGCAUGUAAUUUUAAAGCCAAAAACUACCUCCACCGGUUCCACGCAUGCACCAUCUACCUCGGGACCCUCUUUCAGAACUUCACGUGUAGCCACUACGGCCAAUGCCUACAUUUCUUUCGUCAACCCUGUAUUCAGAUUUCCCAGCGCUUUGAACUUUUUGCCGGAUGUGGUAGAACAAGGCAGUGAUGCCGAUUCUGUGAAGAGUUUCCGUUCAGAUGAUGUUAUACGUGUACAAAGUACCCAACUCUUGCCUGAAAUAUUUAGUACGAACUUACGAAAUUUGUUUCUGCGGACUGUUUAUGGAAUACUGGCUCUUCAGUACUUUUGUAUGGUGGUAUUUCUAGCAACGGCAUACUUUGUGGAUCCUAUACAUGCGCUGCUCCAAACAUGGGGUUUUGAAAUCGGGAUUACUUUUGUGAGCAAUUACUUUUUAUACGCAAUAUGUCUAGUGUUUUUUAGACGGCUAAGGAAACAAAGCCCCCAGAACAUAAUACUGUUCGUUUUACUGACAUUUUCCUUAACGAUGGCAGUAACAGCGUUUUCGUGUUACAAACCAACGGAAAGCGUAGGACCCUUCUUCAGUGCCACUAUAGCUUUCAUAACGAUGCUUGCAAUGUCACUGGCAAGCUUUCAGAACGCAUACGACAUGACCAAAAGUGGAGUAUUUUUCUAUGGAGGUCUGGCUGUAGUGGCAGUGACUACAUGUGCAAUAAUAACCAAGAUACAGCUUGCUUUCGAGUCUUCACACGCUUAUCAUAUAUUGACAGCCCUCGAACUUUAUUUGUUCAUUUUUUGGAUAACGUGGCAUGCUCGACAGAUAGGGGAAAGCAAAAAGAGGAGUAUUGCAGUGGAGGAGUACCUCUUCGGGGCGUUGACUUUGUAUGUAGAAUAUUUGCUCAUAAUUAUGUUUAUUGCUGACAACGCACGGCUGCAAUGCUCUAGCAACCAGGUGCACGAUAACGCUUGCUGGAUAGUUGGACAAUUAGUAGCGCUAGGGGACACGUGCCUUUGUUUAACGACAGUCAAUCGCGGUUAUCAUCGUUAUUAUCGUCGUUAUCAUGAUCAAAUCUCUGGGGCAUGUCCUGGAGAAUCAUCGAGGCUGGCCCUCACAACGCUAAAGAUUGAUUACAUCAUCGAGGCUUGCCCGCACAACGCUAUAGAUUGA